AUGGAUAUUGACAGUAUCUUGAAACGCAAGCGCUCCUUCUCCAACGAUGACACUAAUGAUAGCCCACCGUUGAAGAUCUCGAAACCAGAAACUCUUAGUGAACAUGUGCAAGAGCUAAAAGGCUCUGUGAAAGGAUCCGUAACUUCACUCAUCGGCGAAGUGGGCCAACAACUUCUGCACAGCAUCGGACAGGAUCGCUCGUCACCUGGGUUUGAUAUUGGCGGAGCUUGGGUGACGAAUAUUCGGCCGGUUGCCCUAGAUGCAAGUGGCGAGGAGGUUGCCUUGCACUUCUCACCAAACAAAGCUUCUAGCCUGACUCCUGAUGGCUUGUCGCAGUAUGGACUACCCACCCCAGAUCCUUCGCCUUUGCCAAAGGAAGCAGAUCCUUUCCUUCUCAAAUCUACGACUUUGAACUCCACAGUCACUGGAGCUCCAGUUUCCCUAGAAAGCCUUUCCAACUCAGCCUAUGUGGGUGAUCUGAAGCUCUUUGGCCUCAUCCCAUCCAAGAUUUAUGUGUACGAGCACGCCGGCAGCUUGCUGCACCCAUACAACGAGGAGGUCAAGAUCGCAGCAGGUGAAGCCAUAUCGCUGGGGACUUUCAUACCCUCCCUCAAAGGAAGUGAGUGGGAUAUGAUCUCACUCGAGAAUCCGAUCCUUGGUUUCCAAGAGGAGGUGACACUGGAUGGCCUCCGCAGACGGACUAGGGGACUUUACUUCGAGACCGACGUGGCGUUUCGGGGAGCCAUGCAACCCGUCUCAGACUUCCUUCAGGACUUCUUCCAUCAGGAGAAACCAGCCAUCCGCUUCAGCACCUGGCUGGGUGGAAGUCGAGAUUAUGCGAUCCCACUAAGCCCCCCUUCCUUCGUACUGCGUGGCUCUUUAGAGCAUGUGUCAGUCAACGUGCUCGAUAUCCUGACAUUUCGAGAAAUUGGCGUCGAGUUAAGCGGGUACCAAACAUACCGCCUUUCCAUGGGAGGAAUCAGCACCUGGCAAUUCGAAUACGGCUUUUUUGGCGAGGUUGAUCUUCGUGUUCCUGGCAGCGUUAUUCCCCUACAGGUCGAAUACUACCUCCGAAAAUCCCUACACUCUUGGCUUCUACAGCUUCGCCUCAAGGACAAUGAGUGGAGAGAUAUCUUCGGCAUUAAAGAUCUCAAUUUGUCUGAGGUUUCUCUGGAAGCUGAGAUCCAAACUUUCUCCAAGGAAACGGCAUUUUCCGUGAGAAUUGCGGCGAACCUAGAUCUAAGGAAUACCAAGGUUGGCGUGCGCGGUUACUAUUCAAAAGAUUACUAUUCUCUCGAGGCGUACAUCGGCGAUUUGACAUUGCACGAUGUUGGCGAGAUCUUCCACGAACUGAUCGGAAUAGAGAUGGACAAGUUUUCCCAUGACGUUACUUUACAAUCCAUGCUUCUAUGCAUCUCAUCCAAAGGAUUUGCGCUCCGUGGCGAGGUGACCAUCAACGGCCACACAUCGACAAAUGGCUGCUUGGAAUUCUCGCGAGACGGUAUCGUCCUGCAAGGCAGCAUUGGCGACAUCGAAUUUGAGCAUGUUUUGAUCAAGUCCGCAUGCUUGGAUGUCUUCAUUUCCAGCAAGCUCGACACUCAGUGUGCACGAGCAUCCAAAGUCGACAUCUAUGGUCAGGUUAAUAUGCACAGCGUAGAGCUUAAGGCCACGCUACACACAGAAAAGACUCCAGAGGGUGAUUUCCGCUGGACCAUCUACGGCGAGGUUGAAGGCGACGUCACGACGAGCAAGAUAGUCCCGGACCUAAAGGGGACCUUUCUGGACAUCUCAUUGAAGCAUCUGGCUUUGAUUGCGUCUAACCACGAGGCUCCACUGGGAUCCUACAAGGGAAUCAACUAUCCGGUCGACAAAGGCAUCCAGUUUUGCGCUAGUAUUGAUAGGUUUCCUCAGCUUGAGGAGCUUAUGCGCGGUAGCGUCAAGGGCACGGUUUUCCGCGCUGCCCUGGUCGACGGACAAUUUGCGCUGAGCAUUAUCUUCCCUGCAGACAGGACCAUGACAUUUGGAAAGCAUGUAUACACUGGACCACUCAUGAUCGAGAUUGUGAAGUCCGAUCUCGAGUUCCAAAUGAUCCUCAAGGCCCUCCUCAACUUAAACUUAGAGACGCAGCCCGAUCCCCUUCAAUUCUCUCUGGGACUUAAAGCAAGCUACUCCGGUGCAGCUGCGUACGCGCAGAUGUUGACGGACUGGACAAAUCCUUGCGACGUCGGCAGGCAAAUAACUGUCAAGGGCUGUGCCCUUGAUUUCGGCAUCGUCUAUGCUACCUUCUUCACGACCGGUUUACCGGGUACUAUUGGUCUCGCCGGGCAGAUUAUGAUUGGACAAAAGGAGGCCAAGCUUGCCAUGAAGCUCAGUCAGAACCCCAAGGAACAAAUCCUUGUCGCAGCCGUGAAGGAUUUAGGAGUUGUAGACCUUGUUGAAUUUGCUUCUCAGAUUUGCGAGUAUCAGCUCCCAAAGCCAGAUAACCUCCUGCACUUCAACGAUAUUCAACUAUAUCUCUCUACCGGCGCGUCAAUUGGAGAGACAUAUUAUCCCCCAGGUGCGUCACUCAAGGGUGACAUAACUAUCUUUGGUAAGAGAGCGAAGUGCGACUGCACUAUUGGCAAAAUGGUCAAGAUCAUGGCCACCAUCGAGCACUUCGAUUUAGGACCUCUCAAAGUUAAAGGAGCCACGGGCGAGUACCCAAUCGUGGAUAUAGAGCUAUCUUCAUCUAUCCAACGAGUCCUCAUUGAUGGUGCUGUCGACGUCUGGGCACUGUCGGCUGCCGUUCAUCUCGAGGCUGAGGUCUACCCUAAGCCAAGAUUUGACUUCGGUUUAGAAGUGUCGUUGUCAGACUGGUUCAAGUUCAAGCUAGAGGCUAAGCUGGCCGGUGAAGUUAACUUUAAGGAUCUCUCAUCGCUCGCAAAUGCCGACUUCACAAUCUAUGGUCUAAUGGAGCAACAUAUCCUCGAUAAAAUCAUUGAUAUGCUGGACAAGCAGAUCAAAUCAAUACGCGAUCACACAGAUUUCAACAAAGCUAAGAGGGUCCUUUCGGAUAAGGAAAAUGAGUUCAAUUCAGCCGUCGAAGCAGCUCGUAGUAACCUCUAUGCAGCUAGACAGAACUGGGAGCUUAAGGAACGGGAUAUCAUCUCUGCACUGGAUAGUGCCAAAUACGAUGCGCAGAGCUAUAAGGGGCAACUUGAAGACAAGGUCGCGUCGGCAGAAAAGUCUUAUGCUAGCGCCAUUGUUGCUGCUAUGGCGAGGCUAGAUCAAGCUCGUCAUGACUCGGCCACCACUACUCAUCUAGCCGAGAUAGCUCUUCAAAAGGCGCACUUUCAAAGUCAAGAGGUGAUCCGCCAAGCACAGAGUGGCCUUAUUGAAAAGCGUGACGCCUUCAAGUUGAAGUUUGGUAGCGCUCGCUCUGAUCUUGAACAGACUCGGAGGAGCUUGGAAGAAGCUGUCGCCGUGGCUGACAAGAUUGAGGAAGGUUUAGAAGACAUUGACCACCGUCUGCUCAACGCAUCGCUCUUGGAUAUGCCGCCUCUGCUAGCAGAGAAAGCGGCUAGUGUUGCUAAGCAAUUGGCCGCGACCUCGGCGUUAGAAGCUAUCCGAGCUGCUUUCCAUGCGGCGGAACUGAUCCUUCAGCGAUCAGAUUUCAUCGCUGCGGAAACCGCAAUCGCUACAGACGAAGCUUCUUUGGAAAGCCUCGUAAAGAUCGAAGACGCUGCGAUGACAAUCGCCAGGACCAAUUUUGAAGAGCUCAAAUCGCAACAGGACAAAAUGGUGCAGUGCGCAGCGCAAGCCUUAGAAGAUGUCGAAAAGCGGUCUUGCGAGCGGGGCGCUGCAACCCAAGCCAAAGCCGCACUCGCGGAUAGUCAAGAAAUAAUGGAACUCAUGGUGUCUGGUGCCGGGAAGGCUUUCGACGACAGGUUCAAUUGUGCAGAACAUCUUGCCGUGAUCUCGGCCGAGAAGGCCUUGCAAGCAGCCUUGAACAACACGGUUGACAUUGAGCUUGCCCGGCAAGCCUGUGAGCUUGCUGAGCAAGACUCAUCUAGCUUUGCUGACGAUAUCAUGAGCGUUGGGUUAAAUAUUGGCAGGUGGAUUGCUAGCGCCGCAGCAGACCUCAUCAAUAUUACCAAGAUCGAAUUCUCGGGAUCGAUCUCGAGCCUGGUUGCGAACGGCCCUCCCCUAAUUGUUAAUGUGCAAGGGAAACUGCUCGAUCAGGAUAUUAACUUGCAUAUUAACUGGCAACCCAACUUCAAUCUGGCCGAGUUUAUCAAGGCUAUCUUUCGUGAUCUAUGGGAGAUAAUCAAGAAUGUUGCCAGCGAUUUCCUUAACGAAAUUAAAGCUAAAGUGUUCGAGGUUGCGGAGGAUAUCGCCGAAGGUGUCGUCGAGGUAGCUGCAGACAUCAAGGAAGGUGUUGAGCACGCUGUCGAUGUGAUUGACGACGUCGUUAGCGAUGUUGAAAGUGCAGUCGGCCAUGCAGCCGAUGACGUCGUAUUAGUGGUUGACGAUGCUAUGAGUGAUAUCGGAUCGGUGUUCAACGAUGCCGGUAGUGCAGUCGGUCAUGUAGCUGACGACGUUGUAUUUGCUGUUGACCAUGCUAUGAACGAUGUCGGAGGUUUCUUUAAUGAUGCCGGCGAUGUGGUUACGGACGUAGGAAACGAUAUUGGAGAUGCAUUCAAUGAUGUGGGUCAUGCGAUAUCGGACUUUUUUAGCUUCUAG